UUUUUUUUUCUUCUAGCCAUAUAAGAAUUUCGCACUUGCACCAUUGCGUCUCCCAUAAGCUUUUCUUCCCAUUCUUCACACAAUCUUGACGACUUCAAGUGCCGACUGACCAACCAAGGGAGAGGUUGUACGGCGCUUUGGUUUUUUCUAAUAAUUUAAUCAUUUCCCCCUCCUAUUCCCUAUCCAUUGGACAUCCUAGUGAUACCUCGCCGUCACCCUCCUCUUCACCAUGGCUCGUUCUCAGAGCUUCUGGGCUAUCGGCUUCGGCAUGGUAGCCUGGACCCUUCUCCUCUUUAGUCCUCUCGCAUUCGUAGGAACUGCGCGAGCAGACGAUGUCGCCGAUUACGGCACGGUUAUUGGUAUUGAUUUAGGAACUACAUACUCUUGUGUUGGUGUCAUGCAACAUGGAAAGGUCGAAAUUCUCGUCAAUGACCAAGGAAACCGAAUUACCCCCUCUUACGUGGCCUUUACCGAGGAUGAGAGAUUAGUGGGAGAUGCCGCCAAACAACAGGCGGCCUCCAACCCCCGAAACACUGUCUACGACGUCAAGCGAUUCAUCGGCCGAAAAUGGGCUGAGAAGGAAGUCCAGAAUGACCUCAAGCACUUCCCCUACAAGGUUGUGGAUCAAGAUGGCAAGCCCGUUAUCCAGGUCGAUUUCCAAGGCUCCGCCAAGAAGUUCACCCCCGAAGAAAUCUCUGCCGUCAUUCUAGGCAAGAUGAAGGAGGUCGCCGAGUCCUACUUGGGCAAGAAGGUUACCCACGCCGUCGUCACUGUCCCUGCCUACUUUAACGACAACCAGAGACAGGCUACUAAGGACGCCGGUAUCAUUGCUGGUCUCAAUGUUUUGCGAAUCGUCAAUGAACCUACUGCCGCUGCCAUUGCGUACGGCUUGGACAAGACCGGUGGUGAGCGUCACAUUAUCGUUUACGAUCUUGGUGGUGGUACUUUCGAUGUCUCUCUUCUCUCCAUUGAAGAUGGUGUUUUCGAGGUUUUGGCCACCGCCGGUGACACCCAUCUUGGUGGUGAGGAUUUUGACCAGAGAAUCAUCAACCACUUUGCCAAGAGCUACAACAAGAAGAACUCUGUCGACAUUACCAAGGAUCCUAAGGCCAUGGGUAAAUUGAAGCGUGAGGCCGAAAAGGCUAAGCGAACCCUCUCUUCUCAGAUGUCCACCCGUAUUGAGAUUGAGGCCUUCUUUGACGGCAAGGAUUUCUCCGAAACUCUUACCCGAGCCAAGUUCGAGGAGCUCAACAUUGACCUCUUCAAGCGGACUCUCAAGCCCGUUAAGCAAGUUCUCGAUGACGCCAAGAUCAAGAAGGACGAGGUUGACGACAUUGUUCUUGUCGGUGGCUCUACCCGUAUCCCCAAGGUUCAGGCUCUUCUCGAGGAGUUUUUCAGUGGCAAGAAGGCCAGCAAGGGUAUCAACCCCGACGAGGCUGUUGCUUUCGGUGCUGCCGUCCAAGCUGGUGUUCUGUCCGGCGAGGAGGGUGCUACCGAGGUUGUCCUCAUGGACGUCAACCCGUUGACUCUCGGUAUCGAGACUACUGGUGGUGUCAUGACUAAGCUUAUCCCCCGCAACACGCCCAUCCCCACUCGUAAGAGCCAGAUCUUCUCCACUGCCGCCGAUAACCAGCCCGUCGUCCUGAUCCAGGUCUACGAAGGCGAGCGAUCUAUGACUAAGGACAACAACCUGCUUGGCAAGUUCGAACUUACCAACAUCCCUCCUGCACCCCGUGGUGUUCCCCAGAUUGAAGUUUCCUUUGAGCUGGAUGCCAACGGUAUUCUCAAGGUGUCUGCCCAUGACAAGGGAACUGGUAACAAGGAAUCCGUCACCAUCACCAACGACAAGGGUCGUCUCAGCCAAGAAGAAAUUGAGCGCAUGGUCGCCGAGGCUGAGAAGUUCGCCGAGGAGGACAAGGCUACUCGCGAGCGCAUUGAGGCUCGAAACGGUCUUGAGAACUACGCCUUCAACCUAAAGAACCAGGUCAACGACGAGGAUGGCCUUGGUGGAAAGAUUGACGAAGAAGACAAGGAGACUAUCCUUGACGCCGUUAAGGAGGCUACCGAGUGGCUCGAGGAGAACGCCGCUACGGCUUCCGCCGAAGACUUCGAGGAGCAGAAGGAGAAGCUCUCGAACGUCGCUUACCCUAUCACGUCUAAGCUGUACAGUGGUGGCCCGGGAGGUGCCGCAGAUGAUGACGAGCCCUCAGGCCACGAUGAAUUGUAAAUUAUGAUUCAUAGAUCUCUUUUUUCAUUAGCAUACCCAGGCGUACGAACGAACGAAUAAAGAAAGUUAAAUAAUAGUAUUCUAAAAACUACUGGAACCUAUCAUAUGUGAAAUUAGAUGAGAUGAAAUGUAUGAAUUCGAGUUGCGUUGAAUGGCAUUGAGAUGCUACGCAGGGUUGUUAAGGUUAGACGGUUGUGUAAAAGACGUGACCAUACCCAUUCCAGG